GCGGAAGAGGUGGGACGAGGCGGGAGGCGCAUGCGCGGUGGCGCGGUGACGCACCGUGCGUGCCGUGCGCGUUGACGUUGCGCGGCGGCGACGGCGCCUGUGAGUGCAGCUGCGGUGGCGGCGGGAUCUCCGAGGUUCUCUCUGCGCACCGACGAGGCCCGACCGCAGCCCUCGGGGCCUCCAGCCCACCCCAUGCCCACGCCGGCCCCGGGGGCCACCGAGAGCGACUUCAGGCCCCUUCGCGGCCCCCGCGCUGCCGCCAUGUGAGGGGGGGGGCACGGCCGGGCCCGUGUUUUCCCCCCCCUUCCCCCUCCCCCGCCGUUGCCCCCCCUACUCGCCAUGAUGUUCCGGGACCAGGUGGGGAUCGUGGCCGGGUGGUUCAAAGGUUGGAACGAAUGUGAGCAAACCGUGGCGUUGCUUUCGCUGCUGAAGCGCGUCACCCGCACCCAGGCACGCUUCCUGCAGCUCUGCCUCGAGCACUCUUUGGCCGACUGUGCUGACAUCCACCUUCUCGAGGCUGAGGCCAAUAGUGCCGCUGCCAUCAGUCAGUGGCCACAGGAGCCAGCAGAGGCAGCAGUGGCCCUGCUGCUGGCCCACCUACCCCUGUUGCAGCCGGGCAAUGCUGCUGCCAAGGCUGAGUACAUGAAGCGGCUGCAGAAAGUGCUGGCCUACGCCAUCGAGAGCAACCGAUGCGUGGAGGAGAGCCGACAGCUCCUUUCCUAUGCCCUCAUCCACCCUGCCACCACCCUGGAUGACCGCAGUGCGCUGGCCCUGUGGCUGGGCCACCUGGAAGAACGUUUGGCCGGAACCCCGCAGCCACCACGUCCCCCUCCUCGCCCCGAUGCUGCACCCCCCCCACCCCGCCGUGCCCCCCACGACUGGCCUGAGCACGGACCCCCUGAGAUUGGGCCCCCCUGGCCUGAAGCAGCUCCCCGGGAAAACGGCCACCCCCCUUUUCACCCCCCCAGCAGUGGCAAUGGCCUGGGGGGCACAGCGCUGCCCUGCCAGCUGCACCCCAGCCCACUGAAGCGCUCCCUGUCGCUGGUGCCUGGCAGCCCCCAGGGGGGCAGCGGUGAAUGGCCAGGGGGGGGCGAGGAGCCAGGACCCCCUCGCACCCCCUUCGGCGACCACGCGCCCCUCUCACCCCAGAGCAGCGUGGCCUCCUCGGGCAGUGAGCAGACCGAGGAGCCCACCGGUGGCCGCAACACCUUUCAGGAGGAUGGCAGCGGCAUGAAAGACGUCCCCUCCUGGCUGAAGAGUCUGAGGCUCCACAAGUACGCAGCCCUCUUCUCCCAGAUGACGUACGAGGAGAUGAUGACGCUGACAGAACACCACCUGGAGUCGCAGAACGUCACCAAGGGCGCGCGGCACAAGAUUGCCCUCAGCAUCCAGAAGCUGCGGGAGCGGCAGAGCGUUCUCAAAGCACUGGAGAAGGACAUCUUGGAAGGUGGGAACCUGUGGACGGCAUUGCAGGAGCUGCAGCAGAUCAUGGUGACGCCCAUCAAGGCCUUCAGGCCCCCACCUGCCCCCCCUGCUAAUGGAGCACAUGACGGGGCUCCCCCAGGGGCUGCCGAUGCCUUUGCCCCCCACCCAGCUGCCGACACUGAGGCCCCCGCAGCCCCCGUCCCUGAUGGAGACAUCCCAGGGCAGUUCACUCGUGUCAUGGGCAAAGUCUGCACCCAGCUGCUGGUGUCACGGCCGGAUGAGGAGAACAUCACGAGUUACCUCCAGCUCCUUGAGAAGUGCCUGAGCCACGAGGCGUUCACGGAGACGCAGAAGAAGAGGCUCUUGUCUUGGAAGCAGCAGGUCCUGAAGCUGCUCCGCGCCUUCCCCAAGAAGGUGCCACUUGAUGGCCAGGGCUACCGGCCUCCCAAAGGCUGGAGCUUUGGCUCCAACUCGCUCCCCAUAGCUGGCUCUGUGGGAGGGGCGGGGGGGCGGCGGGGGCAGCGCCCCUUUGCGUUGCCCCCCCGUGCGCUGCCCCCCGCCCGCAUGGGGCUGCUGGGCCCUGCUGGGGGGGGUCCUGCCCCACGGCCUCCCCUUGGUGCCGCCCCGCUUGGAGCUCAAGGACGCCAGAGCCUGUGGUUCAGCAGCGGGGGGGCUGGGGGUGCCCCGGGGAGCCGCAGCGUGGUGCAGCGCACCCACUCGCUGCCCGUCCACACCUCACCCCAGGCCCUGCUUGCCUUCCCCCAGGAAUGUCCCGUCCCUGGCACGGACUUAGAGAUCAACCCCACGCUGGAGUCGCUGUGCCUGAGCAUGACGGAGCACGCGCUGGGGGAUGGCACAGACAAGACCUCAACCAUCUGAUGGCCCUGCCCCUACCACAGGGGUGCUGCACCCGUUGCUCCCCUCUCCUCCUCCUCCCCCUCCCCCCUCAUCCUACUCUGUGCUGUGAUCAUUGACCCCACCCUGGGGGGGGCCCUGAAAUGUUUAUUGGGGGGGA